CCACCUGUCAGCGGCUGGGAGAAGGUCAACCAGAACAAAAUCUUUGAACUUCUACAUACCGUAUUCUGCACUCUAACAGCAGCAAUGCGUUAUGAACCUGCCAACUCGCACUUCUUUCGCACUGAGAUCCAGUACGAGAAGCUGGCCGAUGCGGUGCGACUUUUGGGAUGUUUUUCCGAUUCUAAGAAAGUUGGUCCAGCAACCGUCUUCCCCUCUAAUGCCCAGCCAUUCCAGCGGUUACUGGAGGAUGAGAUCAUACCUGCAGAAAACGUUUGUCCCACUCUUAAGCACUGCAGCAAGCUGUUCAUCUACCUGUACAAGAUGGCCACAGACUCAUUUGACAGUCGUGCCGAGCAGGUGCCCCCCUGCUUGACUCACGAGACCUCGUUGCCCUCUCCUUGGGGCACGCCAGCAAUCGCCAGGAAGAGACAUGGCUAUCACAGCUCAUCCAACUCUGCUCCUGGUAAAGCCCUAACGGACCUAAAGCUGCACUUGGGAAAUCCAUCCCAGCACUCUUCAGACCCUGUAGUCAUCCACCCUGGAGCAGUGCUGGCAGUGCUCGACCUCCUACCCUCCGUUUCUUCUGACACACAGCCUGAGCAUGCUCUGGACCUGCAGUUAGCAGUUGCUAACAUCCUGCAGCUGCUGGUGCAUUCAGAGAGGAACCAGCAGAUCCUGUGUGAGGCACGUCUGCACUCACGCUUGCUUCAGCGCUGUAGCUGCGCUUUGGGAGACGAAGAUCACCCACUCCACCCACCGCUGCAGAGGAUGUUUGAGCGACUGGCUUCCCAGGCCCUAGAGCCUAUGGUGCUCAGGGAAUUUUUACGACUUGGGAAUCCUCUGAAUUGCGGUGCCUGGGACAAAAAGCUCCUGAAGCAGUAUCGGGUCCACAAGCCGAGCUCCCUCAGCUAUGAAGCUGAAAUGCGUAUGAAAGGAGGGACAUUACUUCAGGCUUCACUGACUAUGGUCUUUGGUGAAAUGCCAUCAGUCACCAUCAGAAUCAAACAAAACAUUCUCCUUUCGCUCUCCACAACUGUGCCAGCAGAGAGACGUUCAGUUGAACAGGGUUUUGCCAGAGAUGAGUUCCCAGCUUCCCUAAUUGCCAGUGAAAUUACUUUUCUCCAAGCUCCACCAUGUCCAGAGAGUCCUUUUGGAACUGGCUAA